CUUUGUCUCCCUCUCUAGUUUCAUCUUCCAUUCCAUGGCUUUUGCAGCUGCUCCUCAUGCCUCACACACUUUAAGCUUACUUGGUACCCCAAAUUCAAGAAGAGCAACCACAACAACUAGAACCUCAAGCCGCCAUGUGAACCACGUUGCAACUUUUCAUGUGCAUGCAUCAACCUCAUCAUCCCAAGCUGAGGGUCCAAGCAAGCGAGGAAGACCCCCACCGGCUCCCGGAAUCGAUACCAGAAUCCAUUGGGAAAACGAAGAUGAAGGCUGGAUUGGAGGAACCAGCAGCAAGAAAACACAACAGCAAGUAGAGCAAGAGCAGCAGAAAGAUGUCUGGGGAAAUAAGUUUGCUGAUUUGCUUGAUGACUCAGCUGAUUCUCACUACCAGUUUUUAGGAGUAUCAGCAGAAGCUGAUCUAGAAGAAAUCAAAGCUGCUUAUAGAAGACUAUCCAAAGAGUACCAUCCGGACACCACUUCUCUUCCACUAAAGACUGCGUCCGACAAGUUUGUGAGGCUAAGAGAAAUUUAUGAUGUGUUGAGUAACGAAGAGAGCCGUCGAUUUUACAACUGGACACUUGCUCAAGAGGCCGCAAGUCGCCAGGCUGAAAUGAUGAGAAUGAGGUUGGAGGAUCCUUUUGUGAAAGAAGUGGAGACGUAUGAACCUAUUCCGGAUAUGGUGGAUCGUCUUGGUGGAAAGAACAUGGCCCUUGGCGAUCAAGCAGUGACAGCCCUUACCAUUGAUAUUUUCAUCAUUAUCUUUGCUAUAUGUUGCAUUGUAUAUGUGCUUGUAUUCAAGGAGCCAUAUUACUAGCUAGGGACACAUAGCUUAGAUGUAGCUUAUACCUGAUCCAAAGUGCGCACAUUAUGAUUCAAGAAAAUUGCACA